AUGCAGUCAAUUUUGCAGUAUCGUCGUAUCCGCCGAGAGGUGGAAGAGGACUUGGCACAUGUCCAAUCCAAACCUUUCAGCUUGCGUCCCAACACCUCGCCAUCCUCGCUCGAGGCAAACGCGGAUGGUUAUACGAGCCCCGAAGCAGAAGAGGACCUAAAGCCAGUGAUAUCAACUGAUAUUAUCCUUGUGCCUGGUGUCACAGUUUCGCAGCCAAACGGAGCCAAUGGCGAUCUUGUCUUGGUGGUCGGUUGGAGAGACAAUGAUCCGAGCAAUCCCCUCAACUGGUCACUGCUGAGGAAAUGGAUGGCCAUGUUGAUGUGCAUUCUGAUUGCCAUUGCGAUGACGGUUCCAUCAUCCGUUGAGGGUGCAACCCAAGACGCCUUUGAUGCUCGCUUUGGUGUGAACGGUAUGGCCGGAUCAAUGGCGACUGGUAUAUUUCUCAUCGGCAUUGGCGUGGGCUCGCUAUUUUCUGGCCCUUUCUCGGAGACCUUCGGCCGUAACGCUGUUUAUUUCGUUACUCUGGUCUUUGUCAUUCUGUUCACUAUGGCAAAGGCAUUGGCACCAAACUAUGGCGCCGCCCUCGCCUUCCGCUUCAUUUGCGCUCUGUUUGCAGCUGCACCUAUGACGGUCGCAGGUGGAACUGUUGGUGACAUCUGGCAACCCUUACAGAUCCCUUUCGGCCUACCCUUACUCACCAUGGCCGCCUAUAUGGGUCCCAUCCUAGGCCCGGUAAUUGGGGCCUAUACGCCAGAGAUCGGGUUUCUUUGGGCCGACUGGAUCUCUAUGAUAAUUGCUAGCGUUGUAUUGAUAGUCGUGAUUCUUGGUCAGCCGGAAACGUUUAGUCCCAUCCUACUAGAAUGGCGUGCGAAGCACCUACGUGAUCUAACGGGCGACGACCGCUAUCACGCUGAGCAUACUUCUACUUCCACUAGCUCGUUUAGCGCUCGAUUGUUAACCAAUGUGUACCGGCCUUUCGUGAUGAUCUGGACUGAACCCCUUAUACUCAUUUUCAGUUUCUAUCUUGUCUUGCUAUACUUUGUGCUCUUCACCUUCCUAAACGGUUAUCCCUUUAUAUUCGCUAACGUGUACGGGAUAUCAACGAGCUUGACGUUUGUCAUCUUUGCUGCUAUGAUUCCCGGCGUUUUUGUCGCUCUGGUUUUGGUCCCUUUGCUUUAUCGCCUUACUAAGAAGGCUGCUAAGAAGGCCGAUGCUGAAGGCAAAGCUCUGCAGCCAGAAGUGUCUCUGUGGUGGGCUAUGGCUGGGGCUUCUAUUCUGAUGCCUAUCUCACUCUUCUGGAUGGCUUGGACCUGCUACUCAUCUGUUAGUAUUUGGUCGCCGAUUGUGGCCUCCGGUAUCUUCGGUUACGCUCUUGUCUGCAUCUUUACUACAACCUAUAUGUACACCAUUUUUGUGUACCUGAAGUAUGCAGCCUCAGCUCUUGGAUUUAUGACCUUUUCGCGGUAUGUCGUCUCCGGCGCCUUGAGUCCGGCCUCGGUCAAGAUGUAUGAGAACAUCGGUCCCCACUGGUCGUUGACAAUUGUCGGCAUCGUUGCAACCAUCAUGGCACCGGUACCCUUUGUGCUAUAUAAAUAUGGCCACAGGGUCCGUGCGAUGAGCAAAAAUGCCCAGAACAAGGUUUAA